UUUUAGAGUCUCCAGAAAGGCAAGAACGAAGCUGGCCUGCUGUAAUGCUUCUUCUAUUCUCUCUCUACACAUUUUAUUCGUGCUCUCUCUCUAAGAGUUGGAAAUAAGUGAUUAAAAUAAAUAAAGAAAUAAAAGGAUGUGCUUCACAGAUUCCAGUUGGUGCGAAUGCGAGCUAAACAAAACCUGAUGAUGAUGGCGUUGAUCACACUCCAUUCCCCUACCAAUACUUCUUACUUGUUGCUAUAAUAAUUUUCAUUUUCUCAAACACCCCCUACAUCUCUUCCCCAUACUGUUACUCUCAAUCAGUUCGAUUAUGAGUCUCUGACUCACUCUUCAAUAUCAUUCCAUAGAAUGGACGGUGGUGAUGGGACGGUGAGGUUGGGGGCUUUGAACUUGAAGCCGGAUCACAGCGGCUUCGAUUCAGGCCCUGAUGUGUCCGUUUCUUCGCCUGUUACGAGACAAAAAGCUGCGGCUGCAAAACAGUUCAUAGAGAAUCAUUAUAAGAACCAUCUACAAGGACUGCAAGAUCGUAAAGAGAGGCGACGAGCGCUUCAAAUGAGAGCACAAGAAGCUCAGGUUUCAAAUGAAGAACAAGAGGAGAUGCUUAGGAAUUUGGAGCGCAGAGAAACAGAGUAUAUGAGGCUGCAAAGGCGUAAAAUUGGAAUUGAUGAUUUUGAACAGUUAACUGUGAUUGGAAAAGGUGCAUUUGGGGAGGUUAGGUUAUGCAGAGCCAAGGACACCGGAGAGAUUUUUGCUAUGAAGAAAUUGAAGAAGUCAGAGAUGCUUAGCCGUGGACAGGUUGAGCACGUCCGAUCAGAGAGGAACUUACUGGCGGAGGUUGAUAGUCGGUGCAUAGUAAAACUUUUCUACUCUUUUCAAGAUUCUGAUUUCUUGUAUCUGAUUAUGGAGUAUUUACCUGGUGGAGACAUAAUGACAUUAUUGAUGAGAGAAGAUACUCUUUCUGAAGAUGUUGCACGUUUUUACAUCGCGGAGAGCAUUCUAGCCAUACAAUCAAUUCACCAACACAAUUAUGUUCACAGGGACAUAAAACCAGAUAACCUGAUACUGGACAAAAAUGGACAUUUAAAGCUUUCAGAUUUUGGCUUGUGCAAACCUUUGGAUGAUAAGUAUUCAAAUUUACUGGAAAAUGAAAAUUUUUCUACCCAGGAAGGAAGAAAUGAAUCUGAAGGGCAUUCUACCAGUGACAGACCCCCCUGGUUGAUGCCGAAAGAAAAAUUGCAGCAAUGGAAACGCAAUCGACGUGCAUUGGCUUAUUCAACAGUUGGAACUCUUGAUUAUAUGGCUCCUGAAGUGCUACUAAAGAAGGGGUAUGGAAUGGAGUGUGAUUGGUGGUCCCUUGGUGCUAUCAUGUAUGAGAUGCUUAUAGGCUAUCCUCCCUUCUGCUCUGAUGAACCAAGGAUCACAUGCCGCAAGAUAAUCAAUUGGAAAACAUGCCUUAAAUUCCCUGAGGAACCAAAGAUAUCAAGCGAGGCCAAAGAUCUUAUUUGCCACUUGCUCUGUGAUGUUGAAACAAGGCUGGGGACCAGAGGAGUUGAAGAAUUGAAGGUGCAUCCAUGGUUCAGGAGCACUCAGUGGGAUUUUCUGUAUGAAUUGGAAGCUGCAUAUAAGCCUACAGUCAAUGGAGACUUGGAUACUCAGAACUUUGAGAAGUUUCCUGAUCUGGAAGGCCCACCAUCCACAAUACCAAGUGUAGGGCCUUGGAGGAAGAUGUUGACAUCAAAAGAUACCAAUUUUAUUGGAUUUACUUAUAAGAAAUCAGACGUCCUUAAAUCAAUGCAAAGUUCAGGUACAGACAUGAAAUUGAAUGACUCUUCGAAGGCUCCAUCUCUAAUUUCCUUGUUAGGUCAGAUUGACCUGCAAGAGACUGCAACAUCAGAAGGUGAGCAGAAGCCGGAAACAUGAGAUCCAAGUAUCAUGCUUUGCUGCAAGUGCUGUCGAUAUUCCUAGUUCUGCAAUCUACAAAGGGAGAAUUAUUCGAGGCUGAAAUCUGAAUCGGAAGACAUGAACAAGGACACCAUGAUUUUACAAGUGCUUGUAAGCUGAAUUUCUGGGCCACAAUGAUUUUUGCAUACACGAAUCUGUUUUGGUACUUCAUAGCAACUAAAUAGUUCAGUUCAAAUCGAAAACAAUUUGUUGGGAGCUUGUCUUCCUCUCACACGUGUCAGAGCCAGGUACGAAAAAGCAACUCUUGAGUACUUCACGUGUUUGUGCGCGCGCGUCAAUGUUUACAGGGGAUUGGCUGAUCUACUUAUAUGUAUAUUUUUCGUGUAGCUCGAUCCAAUUUUUUUUUAAACUAUAAUUUUUUGAGGCUA